GCUCCAGCCACAAUGAUUGAGGUGGUUUGCAAUGACCGUCUAGGAAAGAAAGUCCGAGUGAAGUGCAACACCGAUGAUACCAUUGGUGGCUUGAAGAAACUGAUAGCGGCUCAAACUGGCACCCGCUUGAAUAAGAUCAUUCUUAAAAAGUGGUACACGAUUUAUAAGGACCACGUGUCUCUGGGAGACUAUGAAAUCCAUGAUGGGAUGAACCUGGAGCUUUAUUACCAGUAGAGCG